CAUCCGCGACCGUGACACUGGACCACGUCGAAUCGAAUCGGUCGGUGUACACAUCACACUGCACGAGUCGUCCGGGCCGCAAAACGUUUCGCCGUUACACUCGUUGCGCACCAGACGGACCGACAGACAGAUAGCCAGACGGACGGACGGACAAACGUACGACAGCUCGUCCAGUAAACGUACACACCUGUGCCGUACAGCAUACACUGCGGCCACGUCGAAAUGAUUGCAGGCCACAGACUGUGCCUGUUGACGCUCGUCGUCCUCCUGGCGGCCACGCAGACCCUGCAGGCCACCUCCCCGAAGCCCGACAGGGGACUGGUCCGGUUCGCCGACAACCAGCACAUCCCAGUCCGGCCGAAAGCCGCCGUCGAGCCGGCCAAGCCGAAGUCCUCGUCACCGACCAAAUCGAAAAAGCCGUCAGCACCCGCGCAAGCGGUCACCAAGAAAAAGACGCCCGUCAAGCCUUCCGUCGCUGCCGCGGCCGUCAAGAAAACUUCGAAACCAGUUGAAGAUAAAUAUAGAAACGAAUUCGAUGAAUAUAUGCGUCAACAAAUUCAACAAUGGCAAAUUGCAGUUGUAAAUGGUCAGCAAGUAUCACCACCUCCAGGAUCACAACCUUCCGGACAACCACCAUCUAGUGUAUGGAUCCAGGUCCCAGCUAAUGGAUAUUAUCCUCCACCAUCAUACCCAUACCCAUCAUAUCCUCCUCAACAAUACCCGCAACCGUCUUACCCGCCUCCCUCUUACCCACCACCGUCUUAUCCACCACCUUCAUAUCCACCUCCAUCUUACCCACCACCAUCAUAUCCACCACCUGCAUACCCUCAACCAUCUCCAUAUCCUCAACCGUCUCCCUAUCCUCAACCUUCACCAUACCCACAACAACCAUUGUAUCCACCGCAACCAGCACCGAGUCCAAUUUCAGAGGAGCCGGAAUUAUCUACUUCUGCACCAUCACAAGGAAACCCAUCACAGCCAGAAGCACCAGGAGUAGUAACUCCUCAACCAGAAUACCCGUCCCCACCAGCACCAGAAUAUCCAUCACCACCGGCACCAGAAUAUCCACCAUCUACGUCAGAACCAGAAUACCCACCAUCUACGUCAGCACCAGAAUACCCACCAUCUACGCCAGCGCCAGAGCCGGGAACUCCACCACCAGGAGUUUCUGAACCUGAAAUUCCAGAACUCACUCAAGCUCCGGAGUAUAUUACUUCCAAACCAGAAGCCUCUACAGAUCUACCAGAAGUGAUACCGACAUAUCCGGAAACACAACAACCUGAGCAGCCUGGAGUACCUUUAUAUCCUGGUCAACCAGAAGAAGUACCAACCACCGUACAACCAGAAACUUCAUCUGAAGCUUCUACUGAUCAACCAGCCUAUCCAGAAAAACCUAGUUCUGAAACCCCUGGAGAAGAACCAGAAGUCACUACUAGUGCAGGAUCCACAUAUUCCCCCGAUCCUGAUUCUCCAUCACCGACCGGACCGCCGUCGACAGACGCAUUAAAAGCUCAGUGUAAAGAACCAAGAGGACAAUUCCCAAGUGAAAGUUCUUGCAACAAGUUCAUAAACUGUUGGGACGAAACAGCAGUCGAACAAACAUGUCCCGCGGGAUUGGUAUUUAACCCAGAUAAACGAUACUGUGACUAUCCGGCAAAUGUAGAUUGCGGUUCUAAGCCUAUUACAGCGGUAUCUGAAAACGGCAAUAAUACAAAAUGUCCAGAUGGUUAUGGAACCUACCGCAGUAAGGAAAAUUGCGGAGCUUUCUAYGUUUGUGUAGCUGGAUCUCCAGUAGAUUUCAUUUGCCCCGGUGGAACAAACUACAAUGAAGAUUUGAAAAUAUGUGACUAUCCAUACCGUGUGGACUGCAAGGGAUUGCCUAGCAAUCCUGAACCAAUUGAAACGGCCACUGAAAUCGAAGUCAACACCACGUAUGCCCCCGAAAUAUCGUCAACCACUCCAUAUGUUCCACUGUCUUCAGCUGAGUCUUCGCCAGCCACUGAAGUUGUUCCGACAUCGUCGACAUCCACCGCUCUUGCCCCAGUCGCCGACCCAAUAGCUAUUUACAAUUACAACUUAAGAAAAAUACCACCAAGCAUGGUGAAUACCGGCGUGCGUUGUAGUCAUAAGAGUAUUUACCGACUUACACCAGACUGUUCUUCGGUAACCCUCUGCCGCAAUGGAUUUACUAACAUACUCAACUGUGGACAUGCUACCAGUUACGAUAUAGUCAGCCAAAAGUGUUUGCCAAGUCAAAGAGCAAAUUGGUAA